UCUGCAAACACCACUAGCCAGUCCCAGCUUCUUUUGACGGAGCAGCCGCCGCCACCAAAGAAGCAGCAGCAGCACUAGUAGCCGCAGCAGGAUUGUCAAAUUCAGGAGCCAGCUUUCCCCCUCCCCUCCCUGGCUAAUCCCUUCCGCUUCCCCAGAUCCUGGCUUGACAUCUCCGGACCAGGAGCUGCAUGAGUGUGCGUGCAAAACAGCGGAAGAAUGGCAGUCCUCAAACUCACCGACCAGCCCCCACUGGUCCAAGCAAUCUUCAGUGGUGAUCCAGAAGAGAUACGAAUGUUGAUUUACAAAACAGAAGAUGUGAAUGCUCUGGAUGCUGAGAAACGGACUCCGCUUCAUGUUGCAGCUUUUCUUGGAGAUGCAGAAAUCAUUGAACUCCUAAUUCUCUCAGGGGCUCGUGUAAAUGCCAAGGACAACAUGUGGCUGACCCCACUCCACCGAGCUGUUGCCUCCAGGAGCGAAGAAGCCGUGCAAGUAUUGAUUAAGCACUCAGCUGAUGUCAAUGCUCGGGACAAGAACUGGCAGACUCCUCUCCAUGUAGCUGCCGCAAAUAAAGCUGUUAAGUGUGCAGAAGUCAUCAUCCCACUGCUAAGCAGCGUCAACGUUUCUGACAGAGGCGGGCGGACAGCCUUACACCAUGCGGCUCUGAAUGGCCAUGUGGAGAUGGUCAAUUUGCUCUUGGCUAAAGGAGCAAACAUCAAUGCAUUUGACAAGAAGGACAGGAGAGCUCUUCACUGGGCAGCAUAUAUGGGCCACCUGGAAGUGGUGGCACUGCUUAUUAACCAUGGUGCCGAAGUCACAUGCAAGGACAAGAAAGGUUACACCCCACUGCAUGCUGCAGCCUCCAACGGACAAGUAAAUGUGGUUAAACACCUCCUCAAUCUAGGGGUGGAGAUUGAUGAAAUCAAUGUCUAUGGAAAUACGGCACUUCACAUCGCCUGUUAUAAUGGACAAGAUGCUGUAGUCAAUGAGCUGAUUGAUUAUGGUGCCAAUGUGAACCAGCCUAAUACCAGUGGAUUCACCCCUCUGCACUUUGCUGCUGCCUCUACUCACGGUGCUCUCUGUCUGGAACUGUUAGUGAACAAUGGGGCAGAUGUGAAUGUCCAGAGUAAGGAUGGAAAGAGUCCACUGCACAUGACAGCUGUCCAUGGAAGGUUCACACGAUCACAAACCCUCAUUCAGAAUGGAGGCGAAAUUGAUUGUGUGGAUAAGGAUGGCAAUACCCCUCUCCAUGUGGCUGCAAGAUAUGGUCAUGAGCUUUUGAUUAACACCUUAAUAACCAGCGGAGCUGACACAGCUAAAUGCGGCAUCCACAGCAUGUUCCCCUUACAUUUAGCGGCACUGAAUGCUCACUCUGACUGCUGCAGGAAGUUGUUAUCUUCAGGCUUUGAAAUAGACACACCAGAUAAAUUUGGAAGAACCUGCCUUCAUGCUGCUGCCGCAGGAGGUAAUGUGGAAUGUAUAAAACUCUUGCAGAGCAGUGGAGCAGAUUUCAGUAAGAAGGAUAAAUGUGGGAGGACGCCUUUACACUAUGCAGCUGCGAAUUGUCAUUUCCACUGUAUUGAGACAUUAGUGAACACCGGGGCCAACAUUAACGAGACAGAUGACUGGGGACGAACACCUUUACACUAUGCUGCAGCUUCAGACAUGGACAGAAAAAGAAAGAACAUUUUGGGGAAUACUCAUGAAAAUGCAGAAGAGCUUGAAAGAGCCAGUGAGCUAAAAGAAAAGGAAGCUGCCUCGUGCCUGGAAUUUCUACUUCAAAAUGAUGCAAACCCAUCAAUUCGGGAUAAAGAAGGUUACAACACUGUACAUUAUGCUGCAGCCUAUGGCCACAGGCAAUGUCUGGAAUUGCUUUUGGAAAGAACCAACAACAGCUUUGAGGAAUCUGACUCCAGUGCCACGAAGAGCCCGCUGCACUUAGCUGCCUACAAUGGCCAUCAUCAAGCCUUGGAAGUACUUCUGCAAUCCCUUGUAGACCUGGAUAUCAGGGAUGAAAAAGGCCGAACAGCUCUGGACCUAGCUGCCUUUAAAGGACAUGCAGAAUGUGUGGAAGCGCUUAUCAAUCAAGGAGCAUCCAUCUUUGUGAAAGACAAUGUAACCAAAAGAACCCCACUUCAUGCCUCUGUCAUUAAUGGUCACACACUGUGUUUACGACUGUUACUAGAAAUUGCAGACAAUCCAGAAAUUGUCGAUGUGACAGAUGCCAAAGGACAAACCCCACUGAUGCUGGCUGUUGCCUAUGGACAUAUUGAUGCUGUUUCUUUGUUACUUGAAAAAGAAGCAAAUGUAGAUGCUGUUGACCUCAUGGGAUGCACAGCUUUACACAGAGGGAUCAUGACCGGGCAUGAGGAAUGUGUCCAAAUGCUAUUGGAACAGGAAGUCUCCAUUCUGUGUAGAGAUUUCCGAGGAAGGACCCCCCUGCACUUCGCAGCAGCUCGUGGCCAUGCCACGUGGCUGAGUGAGUUAUUGCAGAUGGCACUUUCAGAGGAAGACUGCUGUUUCAAAGAUAACCAAGGUUACACUCCAUUGCACUGGGCUUGUUACAACGGGAAUGAAAACUGUAUAGAGGUACUUUUGGAACAAAAAUGUUUUCGCAAAUUUAAUGGUAAUCCCUUCACUCCAUUGCACUGUGCUGUAAUUAAUGACCAUGAAAAUUGUGCAUCACUGCUUAUUGGGGCCAUAGACCCCAGCAUUGUCCAUUGUAGAGAUGACAAGGGACGAACUCCGCUUCAUGCUGCAGCCUUUGCUGAUCAUGUGGAAUGCUUACAGCUUCUUUUAAGCCACAAUGCACAAGUGAAUGCUGCAGAUAAUUCAGGGAAAACACCACUCAUGAUGGCAGCUGAGAAUGGGCAGGCAGGUGCUGUAGAUAUUUUGGUGAAUAGUGCCAAGGCUGAUCUGACUGUAAAGGAUAAGGACUUGAACACACCCUUACAUUUGGCUUGUAGUAAAGGUCAUGAAAAAUGUGCCUUGUUAAUACUUGACAAGAUACAAGAACAGAGCCUUAUUAAUGCAACAAAUAAUACAUUACAAACACCUCUCCACAUUGCUGCACGAAAUGGCCUGAAGAUGGUGGUUGAAGAGCUGCUGGCCAAGGGAGCCUGUGUCCUUGCUGUAGAUGAAAAUGCUUCUAGGUCAAAUGGACCCCGUUCUUCACCUGGGACAGAUGUACAAAAAGAAGAAUAAGACUUUGAAAAAAAAAAUAUAUAUAUAUAUACAUAUAUAUGUAUAUAUAUCAUCAACCAGCUAUACACGAGGACCAAAAUGCUUCAGUGUCUAAAAUGGAAGAUAAAUUUUUUUUUCCUUCAAAAUGGAAGUAAGAAAUGAUGUAGCUUUUCUAAAAAGUUAAAAUGUAAACUUUUUGAGUCUUGGUUGUAUUUUACAUUUCUUAUGACACAGAUUUAUAGUUGAUGGCUUACCAUUUGUAACCAAUGAUGUGUUGACCACAAUUUAUUUUUUUGCCAAACCAGAGAAAAUGUUCAUAUAUACUUUUGAUGUAAAUGUGUUUAUAUUUAUUUGAUGUGAAGCAAAAGCCCAGGAAUUUUCUCCGUAGUUAUGUUUUAAUUGUUGUGUCUUAUCUGGCCUAUCAAAGAAAAAAAUAGCAGGAAAAAAAAAUUGACUCUGGGCUAGCCAGAAUGCCUGGGGUCCCUAUGCCCAGAUAUCCAUUGUUAAGGUUUCCAGGCUAACCUCAGGUUCUUCCACAUCUAUUAGGAGGGGAUAUAGAAUGUAGAGUCAUUCCAUUGCUCGCAUCCCCUCUCACUGUAGCUUGCAGGGCAUUGCUAUCUCUCAGUAAGGAAGGCCAAACUCCAGGUGGGUAUACUUUAGACACAGUCCUUGAGAGAAGAGAAUAGAAAUGGAUGUUGAUGUAUGUCAACAUUAUCCAGAAAUGAAAGGUUCAAAAGUGAUCCUACUAACCACAAGAUUACACAUAGUCCCAAUAAAAGGAUCCUAGCAGGAAAACUAUGACUUAGGCUGUUGGCUCGUGCUUUGAGAGAAGUUAAAAUCACCAGUCUACAUGCUUAGUUUUCCACUUGAGCCAAGAAAAAGGAAAGAAAUACUUCUUGAGGGGCUGUACCUUUGAUAUUUCUUUCUUUUUCUAGUUUAGUCCUGGAAAUUUCUAUUUUAUAAUAAUCAUGAGCAUUUUUUAAAAACAGUGUUCUAUGAGAUCUAAGCAAACUAUAGAUACUAUAUUGUGUUUUUCAAUAACUGUAAAAUACCUUAAUCUUUUAGCAUCUUAGAGGAGUUAAAAAAUUGGAACUCACUUUACUCAUCAUGAAUGAGAACUUGUUCCAAGGACUUGUAGAAUUGGUAUUAAUUUCAUUGAAAAAGUUCAAUGACACUUUUCUAGAACUCUGAGGAAAAGAAGAUGUUUUCUCCUUUUUCCUCCUUAACGUUAGUACUGUAUUCCUUUUUUGAAAAGAAUGAUUUAAAAAAAAAAGAAGUUGCUAACUAGCAAUAACUACCUUAUCUUUAUUAAAGCACUGAAAAUAAGGGGGAACCAGCUUUGAAGGAGAGCUGUAUACUGUGGUGUCUUUUUCUAGAAGUGACUGGAAAUCUCACUAAAAUGGUAUUUGGUUUGGAAUGAAAGGAAGUGGCCUUUUAAGCAGGAAAUGAAAUGUCUUCUUUUAGAGGGCUAGUGUUGAAUUUUUCUAUAGAAGAGCAGAGAGAACAGGUAAUAUUGCAGCAAACCACAGUGAUUCAACCUAAUCACAGUGGAACUGUAUUUUACCUUUCUACUCUAUUAAAUUGUAAGGAGAACAAAGGAACAAAAUUGAAAUAUGCUUACCAGGAACUGACCAUUAAAUUUAUUUUUUCCUUUUCUUGAGUUGUUUUUGGUGACUACAAAAUUUGCUUUAUUUAGGACAUAAGUAAAGAUUGCAUUUAGUUUUUGUAUCUUCUAAAUCUACUGCUAGAAAGAAAAUCAUUUUUUCAACAAGGCUCACUAAGAAAAAAGGGUUUUUUAAAAUACAUUUUCAGAUUCCUACAUCAUGGUGUUUAUUGCUCUUACUUAAACAUUUUUUAAGACUGUAUUUUAACCAGAGACAUGGGGAUUUUUUGCAUUGCACAUAACUCUUCUUGUUCACCAGUGUCUGCCUAUCUUUGAUAAUAUGUUACUAUCUCCAAAUUGCCUAAAACCUGUUCUGAUUCUACAGCAAAUAGCUCAGGGGAUUUCUAUUUAUCACUACUAAAAGGGCACCAUAGUAUGUUUGGUACUUUAUGCAGUAAACAGCUGCUUGACUUGUUAUUUUAUUACUAAAUUAGAGCAAGAACAUCAAAUGAAUUGCUGCAGUAGUUAUUCUUUGUACUGUUGAGAAACUUGGUUAGCUCUCUGUUGGUUUGGUUUAAGAACUUGCGUCUUUUUUGGUCGUGUAAUAUGAAGUUAGAGUGCCUUUUUAUAUUUGUGUAUUCUGAAAAUGUUUUGUGAAAUUUAUUGUAUUUUUUCCAUUUGAGUGUUAUCAAAGCAAUAUAAUACCAGUCAGUUUUUAUUUCAAACUUUCUUUGAAUGUAUAAAGUCUUUUUCCCCCAUUCCCUUUCACUUGCUUUGAAUUUAAAAUGAAUAUGCUAAAUUUCCAUAGGAAUGAUGUAUGAUUUUUUUUUGCAGUGCUAAAAAUGCUUUCUUCAUACAGAAACUGUAAACCAUAGAUCAGUGUUAGUGGGAAAAAGCAUUUUAAAAUAGUGACAAUCUGAGCGUGUGUAUAAAAUGUAAUUCUAUGCGUUUCUUAUGCAGUGAUCUAAAUAUUCAAAGCCAAUAUCUUAUGUUUGGUAGUUUUGUCGACAUAUUUUAUGCUUUAGCAUGUGCAAUAUAUCUUUACAAAGCACGAUGAUAUGAAUCUGGUGCCAGUGUUAUAUUUUGCAUAACAUAUUUGUAACAGCAGAAAUUAUUAGUUGAUGGUUUCAGUGGGGUUUUGUCUGUAAUGUUUUAUUAUGUAAAUUGGAGUUGAAUGACUUCAGUAAAUGUCAUAACUGUAAAAAUGAGGAAAAAAACUUAAUUCAUUGAAUGACUGAUCCAAUCUGAAUCUUCUCAAGCACAGUUUAAUAUCUUUUUCAACUACUGAAUGCUCUAUUAAUGUAAUGAAAUACAUAACUGUAAACUAUUGAAAUGCAUUCAGAUGGUUAUUUUUACAAAUAAA